AUGAUCGCCAAGCGAUUUGGAGGUGCUUCUACCUCGACGGGAGGAAAAGGCUCCGUCCGUCGUAAGAAGAAGGUCGCAACUCGGUCGAAUUCAGCCCAGACGGACGCCAAGUUGACAUCAACACUGAAAAAACUUGGGGCUACCAACAUUCCUGGCAUUGAAGAGGUCAACUUUUUCAAGGAAGACGGCAAGGUUAUCCACUUUAAGAACCCCAAAGUUCAGGCUGCCGUGGCUGCUAACACAUACAUCAUCUCAGGACCUUCCGAAACCAAGCCACUGCAGGAACUUCUCCCCAGCAUUGUAUCUCAACUAGGUAUGGACAACCUAGCUUCGCUCCAGAACAUGGCUCAGGGCGCAGCGUCUGGUGCCCCGGCUGCCAUCCCGGAAGGCGAAGAAGACGAUGAUGAUGACGAUGUCCCCGAUCUUGUGGAAGGAAACUUUGAGGAAGCCUCGGAAAAGUAA